ACUGUCCGUCAUGGCUUCCCCUAUCAGCCGUCCUCAAUGGCUUUUGACCCCGUGCAGAAGAUCCUGGCCAUUGGUACCCAGAAUGGAGCUCUCAGAUUGUUUGGUUGUCCCGGUGUCGAAUGCUACUGUCAGCAUGAGAGCGGAGCAGCCGUCAUCCAGCUACAGUUUCUCAUCAAUGAGGGAGCGUUGGUUAGCGCUUUGGCUGAUGACAGCGUCCACUUGUGGAACCUGAGGCAGAAGAGACCAGCAGUCCUCCAUUCCCUCAAGUUCAACAAAGAGAGAAUAACUUUCUGCCACCUGCCAUUCCAGAGUAAAUGGCUGUACAUCGGCACAGAACGAGGGAACAUCCACAUUGUCAACGUGGAGUCCUUCAUGCUCUCAGGCUACGUCAUCAUGUGGAACAAAGCCAUUGAACUGUCCUCCAAGGCUCAUCCUGGGCCAGUUGUCCACAUAAGUGAUAACCCUAUGGAUGAGGGAAAGCUUAUAAUUGGAUUUGAGUCUGGGAUCGUGGUCCUGUGGGAUUUGAAAUCAAAGAAAGCAGACUAUCGCUACACUUAUGAUGAGGCUAUCCACUCGGUUGCCUGGCAUCAUGAAGGCAAGCAGUUCAUUUGCAGUCACUCAGAUGGAACUCUGACCAUAUGGAACAUCAGAGGCCAAGGAAAACCCAUACAGACAAUCACACCACACGGAAAACAGCCCAAGGAUGGAAAGAAGCCAGAGUCGUGUAAACCCAUUCUUAAAGUGGAAUAUAAAACAACAAGAAUUGGGGACCCUUUCAUCAUAUUCUCUGGUGGUCUGUCCUAUGAUACGGUGGGACGGAGGCCAUGUCUGACAGUUAUGCAUGGCAAAAGUAUUGCUGUGCUGGAGAUGGAUUAUCCUAUAGUAGACUUUCUAACUCUAUGUGAGACACCAUAUCCUAACGAUUUUCAGGAGCCUUAUGCUGUGGUGGUCCUUUUAGAGAAAGAUUUAGUGGUGAUCGACCUUGCACAAAAUGGUUACCCCAUAUUCGAGAACCCAUAUCCUCUAACAAUCCAUGAGUCUCCUGUAACCUGCUGUGAGUACUUUGCCGACUGCCCUGUGGACCUCAUUCCUGCACUUUACUCUGUUGGCUCACGGCAAAAACGACAGGGUUACAGCAAAAAGGAGUGGCCUAUCAGUGGCGGAAACUGGGGACAGGGCACGCAAAGCUACUCCGAGAUCAUCAUCACCGGGCACGCUGAUGGAACAGUGAAGUUCUGGGAUGCCUCUGCAAUAAUGCUCCAGGUGCUCUAUAAGCUAAAAACAGCCAAGGUUUUUGACAGGAACCGAUCCAAGGAAGACAAGGGCAGCACCGAGGGGUCGGACGAAGAUCCCUUUGCCAUUCAGAUUAUGGCCUUUUGCCCCGAGAGCAGAAUGCUUUGCGUGGCUGGGGUGUCAGCCAAUGUUAUCAUCUACCGCUUCAGCAAGCUGGAAGUAACCACCGAGGUGGUGCAGUUACUGGAGCUGCGAAUGCAGUACGAGCUGAACGAAAUGGAAUCUCCAGAUGGCGGAGGUGGCGAGCAAACGUCGGCACAUCCCACCCCCGGUGCCUCCCCUCAGACGAGCGGCCCACCUUCACACCCUUCCACCAGCAGCAACAACUCUGACGGAGGCAACAUACCCUGCCUUAAAGUGCGAAGUACUCCUUUGAAGCAGUCUGCAGGUUUCCAGGUGGAUUUGGUGGUCCAGUCAGUGUGGGUGAGUGGAGAGCCUCCUCAGCAGAUCACAAGUCUGGUGCUGAAUUCCUCCUACGGCCUAGUGGUAUUUGGCAACAGCAAUGGCCUGGCAGUCGUGGACUACAUCCAGAAAACGGUAGUUCUCAAUCUGGGAACGGUGGAGCUUUACGGAUCCAAUGAUCCCUACCAGAGACAGCCUCGGUCGCCAAGAAAAACACGGCAGCCUUCGGGAGGUUUGUGCGACAUUAACGAGUACUCCGCCACAUCUGAGGACCGCUGCAAGUCUCCAACUUCAGUGUUGAUGUCACACAGCAAUCUUCAACAGUUCUACAAUGGAGGUGGUAGAGGAGCAAAGAUGUCACGGAAAUUAAGCUUGCCUACUGAGCUAAAGCCAGACUUGGUCCUCCUGUCCGUGUGCCCGCCGCGGGGUUCCAACCCGUUAGACCACCGGGACAACUCCUUCAGCCGCUCGCGCUCCUCCAGCGUCACCAGCAUCGACAAGGAGGCCAGGGAGGCCAUAAGCUCCUUCCACUUCUGCGAGACGUUUGCCCGUAAGGGAGACUGCACUUUGACACCCUGCCUGUAUGUGGGCACCUCGCUGGGGAGUGUGCUGGUUCUGGCACUCACUUUGCCAGCUGCUGGGGAGCAGCGACAGUUGCAGCCAGUUAUCAUUUCACCUACAGGUAUGUUAGUACGGCUAAAAGGAAGCAUCAUGCGGAUGGCUUUCCUGGACUCUACCGGUUCCCUGCUGCCUUCUGCGUUUGAACCCUGGUAUGAGCCCAACAUCACAGCAGAUGGUGAAGAAAGAGAGAAGAUCCGAAAGCGGCGGCCGGUCUCAGUUUCACCUUCCAGCUCACAGGAGCUCAAUGAGAGCCAGUUGGCUGUGGUGUGCUCUGAGAAGCAGGCCAAAGUCAUUUCCCUUCCUUCCCAGACCUGCAUCUACAAACACAGCAUCACAGAGAAUUCUUUCAUCUUACGGGCAGACGUGGUGCAGAUGAACCAGGGAGUGUGCUUGGCUUGUUUCUGUGCCAACGGCCACAUAAUGACCCUCAGUGUGCCGGGACUGAGACCGCUCAUGGAUGUAAACUACCUACCUUUGACAGACAUGCGGAUAGCCAGGACGUUCUGCUUCACAAACCUUGGCCAGGCCAUGUACCUCUGUUCGCCUACUGAGAUUCAGAGGAUAACUUACAGUCAAGAAACCUGUGAGAAUUUGCAGGAAAUGCUGGGUGAACUUUUUACACCAGUAGAGACACCAGAGGCACCAAACAGAGGGUUUUUUAAAGGCCUCUUUGGAGGAGGAGCGCAGUCGCUGGACAGAGAAGAACUAUUUGGUGAGAUAGCAGCUGGGAAGGCAUCUCGAAGUCUGGCUCAGCACAUCCCCGGCCCAGGCGGCCUGGAGGGUAUGAAGGGGGCCGCUUCGGGCAUAGUCGGAGAUCUGGCACGUGCACGGAUAGCGCUGGAUGAGAGAGGCCAAAAACUGGGUGAACUGGAUGAGAGGACUGCUGCCAUGAUGGCCAGCGCAGAUUCUUUUUCCAAACAUGCCCAUGAUAUGAUGCUGAAAUGCAAAGACAAAAAAUGGUACCAAUUCUGACGGGCCACUGACGAGGAGCGACGCUCUGUGGUUACAACGGUCUCACUGACCUUCCAUCAGCUCAUCUGGACUCACACUGACUCCCUCCGCCAUCUGUACGUCCAGCCGUCUCUCUGAGCCUUCUUCACUGGAAACACUCGGGAGUGUUUUUUCCCCCUAGCACAAUAUUGGAUACUGUUCUUACCUCAGUGUGAAGGCGGAACUGAGACGGAGAGGGGCAACCUCGGAGGAAAGUAAUAAAUAAAUGGUGACUUUUUGGUUCGUUUCUCUUUCUGUCUUUUUGUUUAUGUCGAGCCUCCCUUCCAAGGUCUCGGAUUGGUCCAUUCACCCGAGGAGUCCGCAUUCUCAUUUGCCAAAUCGUCCUUUUACUGCUGUCUCCUCUGUGUACCCUCUUUGCCGAUAUUCGAACCAACAAACAUGGCUGAAGGAAGACUUAAUAUAUAACCAAGUUACGAUGAAUUCAUGUAAGAGAAAAGGAGUCAAAAUAAAUCGAUAUAUCUGUACAUAGAUCUAAUAAAUGUGCAAUGCUA